UGGCCCGGGGCUUAGGGUGCGUGGGGGCCAACCGCCCCUCUCCCUCUUGGACGAGCGCCCUCGGCCGCGUGGGUUCCAGCCGCAAGCCGAGGUCGCGCCGCGGGCUAGUGAUGGAGCCGGAGUCCAAGCCGAGAACCGAACCCGCCGAUGUUUCAGAGCCUCGUUAAAAAUGUGUGGGUCCCCAUGAAGCCCUACUACACGCAGGCUUACCAGGAGAUCUGGGUGGGCAUGGGGCUGAUGAGCUUCAUCAUCUACAAGAUCAGGAGUGCGGAUAAAAAAGCUAAAGCUCUGAAAGGUUCGAGUCCCGCGCCUGCUCAUGGUCAUCACUAGCAGCUGAGCUGAGCCGAGUGCGCAGCGGGGGAGCGUCGGCCCGGCGUACACCUCGGCUGUUAGAUGGGGACGCCAUGCUGUGUCUAGAAGUGCCGUGUCCUUGCUGGCAUGAAUAAACAUACCUGGAGACACCA